ACGAUAUUAGGCUUGCAUUCUCGACUCAGUCGUAGUGUACAAGUCUGCGAUGUAAAUUCCUCGAAAAGCCCCGAAUAUAUUGGCCGUAUUCGGUACUCCGCGUGUGCGCAGCGACUCGACUCGACCAAUAUAGGUGCACAAGAACUAGCUAUGGAACGAGAGCUUUGUGGUCCACCACAUACCCAGAAUCCCGCAACCUCUGCAGACCUCGCACAUGUCAAACUUGGCAAUCUCCCGAGUACCUUCGCACGUCGCCGCCUCUCUCGACACGUCAACCCGACAACUCGCCACUUCACCCAACCAGGCAACUCCUCGACGCGCCUAGAGACAAGUAAGUUGCUCGCAUGUGUCAGCUCGGCUAAGCAGGGCGUACCAAGCUCUGUGCAAUGCCCACCGUACAGUGCAACUUCCGCCCAACGCACACGCCCACCAGUCUCAGCUUCCGAAUCGACUACGACACCCGGAUAUGCGACCGCGAGUCAGUAUGAACGUGAGAACGAAAGCAUGGAACUCACAGAUGAAUGGCUGGCGUAUGUGGGUUUGAUAACGGUCGACCACGAGCAAUGGGAGGAACAAGAGAGUCGCACCAACGACCACGACACGUUCGUCAGCUCGCUGAACUUAGACGCCGACGAAGAGCUACUUGCCUUUUACGGUAACGAAGUCUUGGGAGCUUACAAACGCGUUGACCGACGAGUGAAGCCUGUACCGGGAGUAUUCCCAGAGGAUGCACGAGUCGAACGACGCAUCCCGGAAGAUCCGCUAGCCUCGUUAGAGCCAUUACCCAUCCAUCCGCCCGACUUCACGCCAGGAACACGCCUUACGGUUGAGCAUUUGGAAGAGAUGAAUAUCAAUCCGAAGGGCUUUCUGUGGCCAGAAGAGGAGAAGCUUUUUCAGCACAUCCUCAAGCUUAACGAGAAAGCCUUAGCUUUUGAAGAAGCUCAGCGGGGAACAUUCCGAGAAGACUACUUCACUCCAUACAUAAUUCCAGUGGUUCCGCAUGAACCAUGGGAAUUUGCCAAUAUCCCGAUCCCACCU